AUGGGGUCUGAAUCCAUUCACAGCGCAACGCACGAUGAGAAGAAUCCGAAGCACGAGGUCGCCAUUGUCAAGACGGCCAUUGGUGAUGAGGCCUUCCAACAGGCCUUGAUCAAGGAGCCCCCGCCCAAGAUCGCCGCUCCUGUCCUCAUCUUCGCCAGUAUGGUCGCCUUCUGCUGCUCCACCGCCAACGGUUACGACGGUUCGCUUUUUGGAACUCUUCUCUCCAACGAUGACUUUAAGAAGUUCUUUGAUGUUGAUAACAAGGGUAUCGGAGCCGGUAUCGUCACUUCCAUGUACCAGAUUGGUUCCGUCGUCGCUAUUCCCGCCGUUGGUCCUGCUAUCGAUACUUGGGGGCGCCGCGCCGGUAUGACCAUUGGGUCUUUCAUCAUCAUCAUCGGUGUCGUUAUCCAGAUCGCCUGUAUCAAGACCGCUAGUGUUGAUCAGUUCAUGGCUGGCCGCUUCUUCCUUGGUUUCGGUGUCUCCAUCGCCGCCGCCGCUGGUCCCACCUACGUCGUUGAGGUCUCUCACCCUGCUCACCGUGGUAUCAUCACUGGUCUCUACAACGUCAUGUGGCCUGUCGGUGCCCUCGUUGCUAGCAGUGCCGCCCUCGGUGGUUGGACCUACGAGGGAACCAACACCUCUUGGAUGAUCUCUGUUUGCCUUCAGCUCAUGUUCCCUUGCACCAUCUUCUUCUUUUCCAUGUUGCUCCCUGAGUCCCCUCGUUGGCUGUACACUCGCGGCAGAAAGCAACUGGCCAUCGACAACCUCGUCAAGCUCCACGGUCAUGGAAACCCUGACAGCGAAUGGGUCAAGCUCCAGCUUCAUGAGUACGAGGAACAUCUUGAGAUGGACGGUAGCGACAAGCGAUGGUGGGACUACCGUGCUCUGUUCCGCAACAAGGCCUCCAUCUACCGUCUCACCUGCAACUGUCUCGUCUCUCUUUUCGGCCAGUGGGCUGGCAACAGUAUCGUCUCCUACUACCUCAGUGCUUUCCUCGACACCGCCGGUAUCAAGGAGGGAAGGACACAGACAAAGGUCGCCUUGGGCAUGAACGCUGUCCAGAUUGUCUUCGCCGCUCUCGGAGCUCUUCUUACUGACACUGUCGGUCGCCGUCCCAUGCUUCUCGUUGUCAACCUUGUUUGCGCUCUUUGCUGGGUCGGUGUCACUGUCCCCGCCUCUAUUGCCAACAUUACCGACCUCGACGACAAGUCCCAAACCGACGCAGUCACUGCCCCGGUCAGCAAGGCUAUUCUGGCCUGGGUCUACCUCUUCCAGAUCUUCUACUCCGUUGGUUGGACUCCUCUCCAGGCCCUCUACCCUGUCGAGGUUCUCAGUUACGAGAUCCGAGCCAAGGGUAUGGCCUUCAGCUCUCUCUUCACCAAUGCCGCUAUGCUUGUCAUGCAGUUCGGUAUCCCUGUUGCUCUCAAGAACAUCGCGUGGAAGACCUACAUUGUCUUCUGCAUCUGGUGUGUCUGCCAGUCCGUCAUCCUCUACUUCCUCGUCCCCGAGACCAAGAAUCGCACUCUUGAGGAGCUUGACCACAUCUUCUCGUCUGACAACCCCGUCAAGACAUCCACACAGAAGAAGCUCUUUGAGGCUGAUGCCCACGCCAACAUUGUCCACAUUGAGCCCGCCGUUGCCGACCCCAGCAAGGCUUGA